AUGCCAGAGUCUCUGGAGGAUGAACUGCAGAUCUUAAGAUAAAAUGAUGUAGAGAGAAGACCAGAGUCAGCAAAAAUCAAAUGCUUUUAUUUUUUUUUCUUAUUCCUUUAUAUUUCUUAUUUGUUUUCAGAUUUAUAUAUUAAUGAAGAAAUUAUUUUUGUAAAUAGUUUGAUGGACUAUAAAAAUCAGCUACCAACUUUGCAAACUCUCUUGAGUAGACUAAAAUUAUUUAAGUUAAAGGACCCUCUUAUAGAUUUCAAAAAACAGACCUUCAAUGAAGAUAUUAUUUUCAGGGAAUGUUUAUCAUCUCAAGGAAGUUGGGACAUUUUUCUGAAAGAUCUUUAUAUGGAUAAAGAGAACUUUUGUAAGGUGGAACUAGGAGAUGCAGAUUUAAAUGAGCCAUUAUUUUUUUAUUUUGAGUUUGAAUCCUUACUAUCUACAAUUCUUAAACAAGAAACUAGUGCUCCAUCACUCUCAGACCUGAAGGAGUUAUUAAACUUAACGCCAGAAGUAAUAAAUUACGUAGAUGAAAAUGAAAAGCUUUUCAAAAGAGAUCUUACUUCCAAGCAUGGAAUUGAAAUUGAGGAUAGAAAAUGGAGCUUCACAGAGAUUUUAACAUCUCAAAGCCUGUAUGAGCCAGAGUGCCAUGAACCAGAAGAGUUAGAAAUGCUGCUAAGUCAGCCACACGGCACAAGCCAACAUUCUUCAGUGAAUUCAUUAUGUGCAGGACUUCAGACAUUUCCGUUGUCUCCUGAUUGUAAAAGUAAUUUACUUACUGCUGAGGAAUCAGCUAAGAUAUAUGCUAUGGUGCAGCAAUCAGAAAGCUGCAGAAGCUCUUCAGACACACUGUUGCUCACAGCACCAAGUAUUCAAGAGUGCAUCAGUCAAUAUUCAGUUAUAGAUCUUCCCAGUAUGGUGUCUAUUGAAGAAGAAAGUCUUGUGAUUGAUCCUGUAAAGGCAGAGUGCCAGAAAAAAGCAAGUCUAAGUCCAAAGGUGAUAGGAAGUUUGGAAAACACAAACACAUCUUUGGAUCAUUGUCUGUCUCCAAAUGAUACUAAAAUGACAAUGUUUUUGCCUGAAAACAUGCUUCAACUAGAAUCACAUCUAGAGGAUAAAGGUUGUUCUUCACCUAUUAUACUUAUUAAUGAGAAAUCUACAAAUGAUCAUUUAUCACUUCCACGAAUGAGUCUACCUCUGGCAGAAGAAGUAACAGAUAUGUGUUUUUCUGAUGAUGGUAUCUCUACUAAACCACCAGCAAAAGAAGAAAAAUCACAGAAUGAUCAAGAACUAGUUGAUGGAAUAACCCAAAAGAAUGAAAAUAAAGAUCAUUUUGAGGUUGAGUACACAGAACCUUCUAUUGAAUCACCUUCCACUUCAAGAAUUAAAAAAACAUCUUUCAAGCAUCACAAAAAACAGGAUAACUAUUUGGACCCUUUGAGCGACUUUAUUAUGCUGCGAAAUAAAUAUACAACUUGUAUAUCAAGGACCGAAGUCACAGACAAUGAUGAAAAAUAUGAUGAAGAAGGAUGUUCAUUGACUCUUCAAGAAAAAAGUCCUAUUGUUUGUGGUAGUAAAACCCUAGAGAAAGUAAUUCCAAAAAGGGGAGUAAAUAAUGUCAUUGAAAUUCAAGCAUCAGAUAGCCAAUGCAAAGCAUAUUGUCUUCUAGAAGCAGCAGCUGCUCCUAUCUUAAAAAAACUUGCAUGCCUCUGUCCUUUCCCUGCUGCUAAUUGGAAAUUUGCUACUGUUAUUUUUGAUCAAACAAGGUUCUUCUUAAAGGAACAAGAAAAAGUAAUAAGUGAUGCUGUUCACCAAGGUACAAAUGAUGAAAGAGAAAUGACAUUCAAGUAUGCCGCUGUCUUGCACCUUCUGGUAACAAUUAGGGAUGUCCUCUUAACAUGCGACUUGGACACAACAUUGGGAUAUUUAUCAAAUGCGAAAGAUGUCUACAAAAGUAUUUUAGGCUCCUAUUUGGAUGACAUUUGGAGACAGCUGGAUAUUGUACAGUUUAUUAAGGAAAAAAAGCCUGAAAUCAACUACCGAAUACAAGAAUUGCAAUGUCAUAUACGAAAUUGGAUGCAAGAUCAACAGCAAAUUAAGGUGCUGAUUAUAAUAAGAAUGGAUUCAGAUGAUGAAAAGAAUUUACUCAUUGAAAUGCUUUCCAAAAUAGAAGGUUUAACAUUUACUGAACUUAAUUCAAAUCAAGGAAGAGAUUUUCUGGAAUCUAACAGUCUAUUAAAUGGUACAAGUUCCUGUGUAAUUGUACAUAAUCAAUAUAUUGGAGCAGACUUCCCCUGGAAUAAUUUCUCAUUUGUGGUGGAAUACAAUUAUGUAGAAAACUCUUGUUGGACUACCCACUGUGAAAAGUUGAAUAUUCCUUACCUGGCCUUAAAAAUGGUUCUUCCAGACACAGUUUUGAAGAGAAACACUUCACUGGAUGGAUUUGGUGAAUUCCUUUUGGAAAUUCAGAUUCCAUACGUGUUUUUUGCAUCUGAUGGACUUCUUAAUAUUCCAGAAAUACUUCAACUGCUAGAAUCCAAUUAUAAUAUCACACUGGUGGAGAGAUGCUACAGUGAGUCAUUAAAACUCUUUGGAAGCACAGAGCAUUAUGUAGUGGUGACAAUUGAUGAACACACUGCUGUCAUUUUGCAGAACCUAGAAGAAUUGAAUUGUGAGAAGGCAUCAGAUAAUAUCAUUAUGAGACUUAUGGCAUUAUCAUUCCAGUACAGCUAUUGUUGGCUAAUUUUAUACAAAAAAGAAACACUAAAUUCAGAGUACCAUCUUACAGAGAUGACACUUCAUCAUCUAGCGCUGAUUUAUGCAGCUUUGGUUUCAUCUGGGCUAAAAUCUGAAGAACUGGAUGUAAAGCUUAUAAUUGCCCCAGGAGUAGAAGAGACUGCAUUGAUAAUUCGACAAAUUGCUGACCACAAUUUAAUGACCUCGAAGAAAGAACCUCAUGAUUGGUUGGAUAAAUCUUGGCUUGAAGUUUCACCAUCUAAGGAAGAGAUGUAUUUACUUGAUUUCCCAUGCAUUAAUCCACUGGUGGCUCAGCUCAUGUUAAAUAAAGGACCUUCUCUGCACUGGAUAUUAUUAGCAAACCUGUGUCAACUUCAGGAAGUCCUACCUGAAGUUCCAGAAAAAGUGUUAAAGCAUUUUUGCAGCAUCACUUCCUUAUUCAAGAUUAAUUCUUCUUCCGUAACUAAAUCACCUCAGAUUUCAUCACCUCAGGAAUACAAGAAUCAGAGUUCAGCUUCUGACUUCUCAGACCCUAUCACUGAACGAUAUAAUGAAUAUUACCAAUAUUCAGAUUUAGGAGAGAGAGCACGAGAAGACACAAACACCACUUAUAACACUUUUCAUGAGGAACUAAGAGGAAUGCUUCCCACUUUAGCAUCUGCAAGUUCUUAUAACCAGACCAACUACUGGAAAGACUUCAGUCGUAACCCUAACGUAGUACAGAAUAAUCCUUGUCUAAUUAAUCUGGAAUCAAGGAAAGCAGCUUGUAACUCAUUUCUAAACCAGAAUGACUCAGGCUCAGAUGUCUUUUCUUUGGGUCUAACACAAAUAAAUUGUGAAUCCACAAUACCACCAAUUGACACUCAGAGGAGAGCUACCCCUAAUUUUAUAAAUGAUCAUAAAAAGCAGAUACAUGAAGCAAAAGGCUCCAAAGACAAGGAAGUAUUUGCCCCCAUCUUUUCACUAAUGGGCUCUCAAUCUCCUCAUUUGAACCUUAAGAAAAAUGUGUGGGAACCACAGACUCAUUCAUUCAGCUUGCAAUAUGGCAUGGAGCAGACUACGUGUAACAAAUGGUACUCUCAGAAAAGUAAUCUAUUCGCUGAUCAACAGCAGUAUCUACCAGACGAGUUAGAAGGCUUCCCUUGGGAAAGUUCAGACGCUGCAACUGAGAAGACUUUCAGGAGAGACAUACCAUCUGUUCCCAGUUUAGAUUUUUCUCCGGCUUCUAAUGUAAAUCAGAAAGAAUCCAACCGUAGCCUUUAUUUCUACCAAAGAACUGGGAAAAGUUUAGGUCAGAAAAGGCACCUUGAAUCUUCAUCUAACUCAGGAGACAAGGAAUCAUUAACAGGUUUCAUGUACUCGGAACUACCACAAUUCAAGAAACGACGUCUCACGUAUGAAAAAGUCCCUGGUAGAGCUGAUGGACAAACCCGGCUGAGGUUUUUUUGA